UGUACAUAUUAUUCCCUAGCGCAUAAGCUUCUAUCCCGGUGGAGUGGGAAUGGAAUUCGAUAGCUUAUUCAUACCAGGCGCUCCUCGGUUGCUAAGGAUAACGAAGUUCUUGCUACUGUUACUCAGAUUAGUGUUUAACCGUGAUAUACGUCACCGAUUGAGGACGAAUAUCGUGUAGUGGCAGAACCGAUGCUAUAGCGCAUGAUCCGCUUCGUUGCACUGUGUAAGCGUCCGUAUGCCCGCCAGUGUGCAUUGUAUAACCUAAUGAAUGGAUACGUGAUUUAAAUUGUUUCAAUAAUAGUACUGAGCGGUAAUUAUAAAAAAGACAGAGGUAUGUAUUGUAUAGCCUAAUGAAGAGAUAGUUUAUAAACGUAUAUAAUACUACUAGACGAUAAUUAUGUAAAGACAGCUCACAGUCCCUACGUUUGCUGCCCGUCACAUUUACAUUUUUAUGUGCGAUCGAUGCACAUGACUUUCUUUCACUUACAGGAUAAAACGUUAGCUUAAUUGAAGGUCUCGACGAACAAAAUGUUCCGCAAAUUAUAGCGGGCAUGGAGUUGGAUUUCACCGUGAGUUUACGUCGAUUUAGGUUCGCUGUAUUGUUGCUGAUCGUAUUUGUUUUAGUGUAUAUAUAGUUAACGUCCCCACUGAGGUAACUUUUUUUAAGCCUUCUCACUGGUACCGAGGACGUACCACUUUCAUACCAAAACAUCAUAACGACUGGAUAAUGCAUUUAUUCGAUAGUUCACGGGAUGAAUUGGAAAUGAGGAUAUUGAACGCUACAGAUAUCAAGAUAAUACUGGUGUGGAUUCCAAUGUUUGGUAUGAAGUUACCACGCAAAAUCGACGCAAACAAAUGUGGUAAUUGUGAAAUAACAUACGACAGAGAAAAGAUAGACGAUGAAAGAACUGGAGCGGUUGUUUUCCACUUCGAUGGAAUCAGAGACGAUGAUUUGCCCCCGACAAGAAACCUUAGUCAACUUUACAUAUACUGGGUCCUGGAAUCGACUGCAACCCUUCGCGUCACCGGAGAAGAUUCUUUAGAGUUCGAGGACAAUUUCCAUUUCAAUGCAACUAUGACAUACAGAAGGGACUCCGAUUUCUAUCAAAGUUAUGAACACAAAUAUGGUGUGACAAGAAUUAUGGAAGAAAAUACGCUCACGCUAGAGGAAUUGCUUGCGAUGAAAACUAAACUUUCAGUCGCAAUCGUCUCAAACUGUGGCUCUACUGCUGGAGCGCGUACUCGAAUGAGAUUGUUGAAGACUAUAAUACGAUUAGGAUUUAAACUGGAUGGAUUCGGUGCAUGCUUUUGGGGAAGUGGCAAGUUUGCAAAUGGUAAAAGCCGAGGCGAACCUGAAUUCUUUGCGGAAGUCAGAAAAUACAAAUUUUACUUUUCUUUUGAGAAUUCCUAUCACUGUAAAGACUACAUUACUGAGAAGUUUUUCAACAACGCUCUCAGAUCCUUUACUGUUCCUGUUGUCUGGGGUGCGACGAGAGAGGAUUAUGAAGCAGUCGCACCACCUGGAUCAUUUAUAUUUGUUGAAGACUUUGAUUCUAUGAAGGCUUUAGUGGAUUAUCUUAAUUAUUUAGACAAGAACGACACGGCAUAUUUAGAAUACCUCAAGUGGGUGACAAUAAAGCCAAGAGACAUUCCUAACUACGGAAGAGCAAGGGGUUGGUGUUCAAUAUGCAGAGCGUUACAUGGAAUCAACAUUGACGAUAUUUACAGUCCAAAAUACAACGCGCGUAAUCCAAUUAGACCAUUAUUUACAGACGGCGUCGCAACGAGGACUGUCGAGCAUUUGAAAGACUGGUAUUAUGGGGAAGAUAAUCCCGAGUGUUUUUCAAAGUAUUGACGACCAAAGAAUCAGCGGAAUUCGGCCUUAUAUAUUUCAGGAUAAGCGUACAUUUUUUGAUUAGACACUGACCUUUUAUAUUCUAUGCAACAGGCAUCAUUACCUGUUUAAUUUUGCCGCUAUUGAAUGCUUUUCAUCUCGGAUAAAAUAUUGAGCAAAAACCUUACCUAUCUUUUAUUGACAUACACCAGUAUUUGCAAUACUUUAUUAAACGCGACUGCAACUUUGUUAAGAUUAAUUAAACGAUUACACAGCACA